ACAACUAUGACUGUUGGCCUUUAAGGACGAAACCUUAUCUGACGUUGUAGCGCAUGGAAUUACGAUGCUCCUUGCGAUGUUCUCCUUGGCCUCGCCUCCAAUUGAAACAGUUGAACAUUGCGGCCGAAGAGUCGAGUGCGCAUUUUCCCGCGGCAUGCUGGACUACUGCCGCUUUGCAGUAUUGGCAAAAUCGCGGCACCAGCAGCAGCGCAGAGCUCAGCUGUAGUGGUUUCAAUCACUGGCAUGAUGCAAGCGUCCUUCGGCGCUGCACUAUUUUCGGCUCAGGACGCUCUACGAACUAUUUCCUGGGUCCCUGGGUGGCGGUUCAGCGCUGAAGCGGCCGAGUCUUCGACAGCAACCUGCAUGUCAGCAUCAUGUUGCAUCGCGUCAGAUUUCCGCGGCUUUGCGACGCAUUGCCACGGUCAAAUUGGGAGGCCGAACAGCUGCCAGGCAGGCUUAUCCGGAAACGACUCCCGAAGCUGCAGCAUUGUCGACCACAUAUAAAGCCCGCAGUUGAGAGCGCGGCUCGCAAGCCAUCU